AUGAGAGGAGAAUUCAAUGGGUUGAAGAGUUUGAUACUCAAGAGAAAUUCCAGUGCUUAUUAUGUACAUUGCUUUGCUCAUCAGCUUCAGCUCACGAUUGUUGAUGUUGCUAAAAAACAUAAAAUUGUCGGAUCUUUUUAUAAUUCUAUCUCUCGUUUGUGUAAUACUGUUGGAGGUUCUUGUAAGCGCAGAGAUAUACUUCGGGAGAAACAGAGAGAGAAUAUUAUUAAAGAGAUUGCAAGUGAUGAAAUAAGCACAGGAAGAGGACUAAAUCAAGAAAUGUCAUUGAAGCGACCUGGAGAUACUCGUUGGAGUUCACAUUACGGUACUCUUGUCAACUUGAUACAUUUAUAUUCUUCUAUUGUUGAUGUUCUUGAGUAUGUUGGGGAGAAUGGUCAUGACGAUUCAAUAAGGGCUGAAGCUGAUGAUGUGCUAGAAAUUAUAAAUAGUUUUGAGUUUGUCUUUGUGUUACAUCUUAUGAAGCAAAUCUUGGGAAUCACACAUGAACUCUCCCAAGUGCUACAAAAGAAAGAUCAAGACAUUGUUAAUGCGAUGAAUCUUGUCAAGGUAGCAAAAUCACGUCUGCAAAUAAUGAGGGAAAAAGAUUAG